AUGUCUCAAUUUUAAACAUUAAACCUGAAAGUUUCUAAUGAAACUAAAUCUGUAAUCCAAAAAUCUAUAUUGAAAAAUCCUUAGCGUUGUUCAAAUCAAAGUAAAAUUAGAUUGGAUUGGGCUGGGAAUUAAGUAGUCAAAGGUGGACUCCAUAAAAUAGUUUUUAUAAAUUAAGAUGAAACUGCUAGAACCUUUAUGGAUAUAUUAACAAAUGAUUUUACUGAUUCAUGUGAAGAAAUAGUUCACAAAAAAAAAAAAAACUUUAAUUAGGAAUAAGCAGAAAAUUAUAUCAAAAAUCAGUGUGAACAAUGUUAAUAAUCUAAUUGUUGUUUUAUUUAAUGA